AUGAGCACCUCUCUCCAGCAUGUCCACGCUGUAUGGGAUAAGAUACGCACCAACAGCCCCAUCUACGAUUUCCUCCUGACCCGAGCCGGGCCUCAUCCGCGCAAGACUCCCCAUCGAAGCCCAGCACUCGCAUCGCAUGGGCGCGACUCUACGGGGCUAAGCACGGAUCUACAUGUCUCUUUUGUAGCCGGUGCCAAAGAGGGGGAGACACUCGAGGUUGAGGGCCGAACGAACAAAAUGGGCAAAACCCUGACCUUUACGAAUGUCACCAUCUGGAAGGGGGCGGGGCAAUCGCAUACUAGAGUUGUUGCUGGAGGUUGA